UGAUGUUUGAGUCCGGUGCCUAUCCACUCCCCGCCACACCAACUCUAAAUUCAUACUUCAUCUCUUCGUAGUAUGUACACUACUGAAUACUGACCGCCGGCGAGGGAAACGUAGUGCCUAAAUUAUUAUUUACUUCUAUCGCCGUCGCUUUGUGUCGUGACUUGUGGGCCAAGCGGACUGCCUAACUAUUCGAGACUCAUUGACGUCUGCCAUUAAGACAGCGUGCAGUGUUGCUUGCACAUUCGAUCGCGUAUAGAUCACCCGACGGGUGAUUGAAGACAGUUGUUGUAGUGUCCGAAAAAAACAAAUCUCGCGCAUCGGCAACGAAGACAUGGCAAAUCCACAAUACUCAACUGGUCAGUAUGGAGGUGGCGGAGGUGGUGGCGGUGUAGCUGGCGGAUACGGUGGAUAUCCAGCAUAUGGUGUUCCUCCCCCGGGACCACCAGGUUAUCAACAACCUGGGGCACCGCAGCCACAACAAACUCAACAACCACAAAGUGGAUACCCAGGUAGCGGUGGAUGGAACCAACCUCCACCACCGCCAACAGCGGCAAGCCAAGGAGGCGGAUACCCUGCUUAUGAACAACCUCCACCCAGUUUUAGACAGCAAGGAAGUCAACAAGGUUCAUUUAAUGGAUCAAGCGGUGGGAAUGGUUAUGGUGGUCCACCAUCAAGUGGUGGAUAUGGCGGACCUAGCAGUUUUGGAGGUGGUAGACAAGAACGUAGCAGCAGCAGUGGAGGAUACGAUUCCGGCGGCAGGGGUGGUUUUAACAAAGGUAGCGGAGGACCACCUAAUGAUCGUAGUGGUGACUUCAUCGUCCAAGAGGACACAAUAUUUGUUUCUGGCAUGUCUACAACCACUUCUGAAGCUGAUAUUGAACAACACUUUGGUUCAAUUGGCAUUAUCAAGACUGAUAAAAAAACCGGAAAGCCUAAAAUUUGGAUGUACAAUGACAAAGCGAGUGGAAGACCUAAAGGGGAAGCAACUGUUACAUAUGAUGAUGCUCAUUCUGCAAAUAGUGCUAUAUCCUGGUUUAAUGGUAAAUCAUUCAAUGGAUCUACAAUAAAUGUCCAAUUAGCCACAAAGAGAGAUAAUUGGCAAGGAGGACGUGGCGGUGGUACAACUGGUGGAAGUACUCGUGGUAGUAGUGGUAGAGGUGGUGGAGGACGUGGAGGAUAUGGUGGUGGUUAUCAAAUGGAUGAUCCUGUAUCAGACGAUCCAUCAGAAGGAGGCGGAGGAUUCUAUGGUGGCCCCAGAGGUGGAAGAGGCGGCGGUAGCAGAGGUCGUGGUGGUGGUAGAGAUGAUCGUGGACCACCCCCAGACCGUAGAAGAGAUGACCGUAUGAGCAGUGGAGGUGGCAGAGGCGGUGGCCGCGGAGGUGGUGGAAAUGAUUCAGGUGGCCGUGACGGUGACUGGAAAUGUUCAAAUCCCACUUGUGCCAACACUAACUUCUCUUGGCGUCAGAACUGUAACAGAUGCAACGAGCCAAGGCCCGAAGGAUUUGGUGAUAGUGGUGGCAGACGAGGAGGUGGUAUGGGUGGUGGGCGUGGUGGACCACCCAUGCGCGGCGGACGUGGUGGUGGAAUGGGAGGUGGUCGUGGCGGUCCUAGUAUGGGCGGUAGUCGUGGUGGUCUUGGCGGUGGUGGAGGCGGAGGAGGUAGAGGUGGUUUUGGAGGAGGUGGCAGAGGAGGACCUGGCGGCCGCGGAGGUGGCGGUGGUGGACGAGGUGGUGGACCAAUGAGAGAUGAUAGAAGAGGAGACAGAAACCGUCCAUAUUAAUUAUUAAUAAUAACAAAAACAAAAACUAAAUAUUUUUAGCAGUCUAAUUUUUUUUAUACAUUCUUUUAUUGACGAUUUAUGCUUUGUGUAAUUGUAGCUAGAUAAAACUUUACUAGGUAGUAAAUUGCAGAAGUCUAGAAGUUCAUGAUUAUUAUUAGUUUUUCUUUUAUGUAAAUAAAUAAUAAGGUAAUCAUAUAAAUGUGAUGAACAACAAGAUUUCUGUAACCAUGUAUUGUUUUUUAUUCUAAUUUGAAUGAAAUCAUAAUUUUUUUCAUUGUUUAGAGUAUUGUUUGUGACUUCUCAACCUCAUUAUUCAUAAUAAAAUUACUUGUAUUGAGUAUUAUUAUAUAGAUACCGAUAUUGUUUUUUGUAACUUUUAAAUAAUAACGUCAAUAAUUAAUUAUUUCA